AUACAAUACAUACAUAUGUAUAUUCACACAGUUAUGUAUGUAUGUACUAUACAUAUGGAUGAAUAUUGUUGACUUUAAGUGUUUGACUUCAGGGAGUUUGAAUCUUUACAGGAUAUUUAGUGUUGCCCUCAAAUUGUAAGAGUUACAACGGUAAUCAUUGCAAUAGUGCAAAGAGAACAAAAUUCUGAAAGUUAUAUUGCGUGAUAGUUGUCUGCGAUUGUCGUUUUAUUCUACAUAUAAUUUUUUUUUUUUAAUCUGAAAUAUUUUGCUGUGAAAAUUCAUCGAAUUGCUUUUAGCUUUGAUUGUUAAACAUGUACACAAUUCAGAUUCGCAACCACAAGAAUACAAAGUUAACUUCUACGAAUGUGCUCCUACUCGCAUUAGCAAUGAUUUUCGUAGUGGAAUCUACAGGAUCUAAGCCCAGUGAAGAUGUACUGAAUACAACAACGCAACAAGUUUCAGUAAGCAUACACAGCAGUAGUCAGAGUUCCCAAAAUUCUUUUAAAGGGAAAGUUAAGAAAGAACGUGUUUCUGAUAGUGAUUUAAAUCAACCGCAUUCCAGACGAAAACGUUUGGUGUGGAUAACAGAUGAUGGUCGACUUGCGCUGCCACCAGGUACAUCACUUACAUUUACACCGACGAUAGCAAUGCCUUUGGUUCGGCAUCCACCGGAGGGUUUCUUUUCAAAUGUAUCCAUUAGCUUUCCAUUGACAAGUGAGUAG